AUGAAAGACCUCGGGGGUUGCCGAGGCAAAGGUGUGGAAGACCUCGGGGUUGCCGGGGCGGAUAAAGGGAGACCUCGGGGGGUUACCAGAGCAAGCCAUUGUCCUUCUCUUAUAAAAGGAGAGGAGGCUCACCACCACAACAACAACAACAACCCAAAUAUCUGCCCAGCUGCUGCCAUAGCCCGAAAAGAAGAAGAUGUCGCGACAAUACGAUGAUGUGGAACUUCUUAAGGCAGUUUUAGAAACUAGAAACACCGUCGAAAAAGUUCCUAGACAAUUUAGCGUGAACGACUGGAAUCUAGUUGCAGGAGCUGUGCAAGGUAAGAUGUAUGCAAAAACCCAAAGAAGUAUUACAGUGGAGGGCGAGGAGUGUAAAAAACGCUGUUUAAUUGAUUUAGCGAGGGACUCGUCUUUGCUUCCAUACGACCAACAACAGUUGCACGAUGCUGUGUUUGCGGAGAUGUCUGGAGUUACCGCUCCAGACUCCCCAACCACUCCUCCUGGAACUUUACGUAUGAACUUUGGUGAGGCCUCUGGGUCAACUAAUUUAGCUGGUGGCUCUCCUACAAUACCACUAGAAGUAGAGCCUGGGUAUUGUGUUAAGUGCGGGUGUAAUUUGUGUUCUUCAGGGAAAUGUUGUAAGAGGCAUUAGCCCGAUCAAAGUGUGUAACAGGAGGAGGAGGAGGAGGAGGAUGAUGAUGAUGAUGAUUAUGAUGUUGUUGUGUUUUGUUUGUGUUUUUUCUUGGUAUUUUUUUCUUGUGUUAUUGUGUGGUUUGUUUCGUUUGUGUUUUUUCUUGGUUUUUUUUCUUGUGUGGUUUGUUUAGCAG